AUGCCAAUUGACCCAGAAAAGUUAGCUAAGUUGCAAAAGGCCGGCCCAAAGAAGGUCGGUGGUGCCAGAGUCAAGGCCAAGAAGGUUAAGUCCGAGGCUGACGAUGUCAAGUUGAUGGAGUCCUUGGCUAAGUUGAAGGCCGUCAAGGUUGAGAACGUCGAGGAGGCCAACUUCUUCAAGGACAACGGCAAGGUCUUGCACUUCCCACGUGUUGGUGUCCAGGCUGCUCACCAGUCCAACACCUUUGCUUUCACUGGUUACCCUCAGGAGAAGGACAUCACCCAGUUGAUUCCAAACAUCUUGCCUCACUUGGGUGCUGACAACUUGAACGCCUUGAAGCAAUUGGCUGAGCAGAUCCAGGCUGGUAAGGCUCCAUCUGAGUUGAACGCCGAUGCUGCUGGAGAUGAGGACAUCCCAGACUUGGUUGCUGGUGAGAAGUUUGACGAUGUCGAGUAA